CGUUCGACUCCGACGGCCAAGACCCCGGGUGCUCGUGCUGUCGGGAUACUCCCUCCUGGACAGAGCCAAACGUCAAUGUGCAGGUGUCAGGUCGUGCAUCCUGAGCUUUUUCUUCGUCCGUUUUUGUUUUGUCUUGGCUUUCCGCGCAGUUCCAGUACGCACGCUGGACAUGGUACCCUCGUUCCUCCCACUCCUCCCAGCGGAAAACAUACAUGCGUGCGCACCAUAACCUACCUGCACCUACCUCACAACGCCCAACGCAGCCAUUCUCUCGCUUACUCACUUAGCCAUUGCUACUUACUCACGGCUGCGAUGCCUUCGGUUCGAGUGAGAUAAGCUCACCCGUCUUCUCCGCCCUGUUACUCACAUGCCUCGCCGCGCACCCGACGAUUCUGCGCAUCUACAGUUUUCGCCGCCAUCUAUACUGCGAGAGAC